CUCCCAGCCGCCACCUUUUUGGCCGGGUAUCCCGCAGAAGCCUCUCCCGGGGAUGAGGAGGGAGCCCUCUUUCAUCAAACCGUGCUCCCCGAGUUUUGGAGGGAACCAAAAAUCCCCGGGGCGCUGCAGGUCUCGCUGGUGAAACGUGCCUGGUUUUGCUCCGGGGUGUGUAACAGGGAGUCACAGCUGGAAGGAGGGCAGCCGGACCAAGGACAGGCAGCGCUUGGCAGCAAGAGAACAGCCAUCGGUCCCUGGAGAGUAGCCCAAGUCCGAGACUAUUAUGUAUUCCAUAAAUGCAUUUCCCAGGGCCAUUUAACGAUGUCAGCCUUGCCUCCCAGUGAGGAAUCUGCUCGCUGCCCCUCGCAAGCACCCGCCGACGGGGCAAAGCAGGCUCCCCCCAGGGAGCAGGGCUGCAGCUUCGGUGUGCUCAGACCCAGGCAAGAGUUAAGGUGCUCGGAGAGAGAUAAGCGUUGAUGGAAACCUGGAGAGCGGGUGCCUCUGCUGCAGAUAAACACUCCUCCCAGUCCCCCUCAGCCCACCCCGCCGUCCUGCUCUGACGCAGAGGGAGCUGCAGGGCUGAAUGAAACUUGUUUGAGGUUCCAAUUAAAUCUCCAUGGAAGAGGGACACUCAUAUCCUCUUCUGAUAAAAGGUAAUUAUAAAUCCUCCCGGAGCAGCGCCUGCAGACCACACCAACUCCCGCAGCAGCAGCCGGCAACUCGCACCAAGAUGGGCUCCAGGAUCACAGGAGACCUUCAGCCCUGAAGACCGGGAGCCAGCAGGACCUGGGCUGGGCUCCGGGCUCUCGGCCAUGGCCCCGGGUGCCGACGGCGUGCCCUGGCGCUGGCUGGCAGCGGGCAGGACGUCGCGGAGGCUGGUGCUGGUGGUGGUUUUCGUCGCGCUGCUGCUGGACAACAUGCUGCUGACGGUCGUGGUACCGAUCAUCCCCACCUUCCUUUACGCAACAGAGUACGAAGGCGCCAACAGCUCUGUUGCCCCAGCCUGGACUGAGCCAGCUCCUCCAUCCUUGAAGGCUCCUCCUUUCUCCUCCAUGUUCUCCUACUUUGACAACACCACGGUGACUGCCUCGGGCUCCGGGAGUGCUGUGGACUUGGCGAACGGGAUGGAGAGCACCCGCCCGCCGCGGCCCCCCGCCGGCAGCCCCCCGCCGCCGAGCGGCUGCCCGGAGGGCGAGGAGUUCCUCGCCAAGGAAAACGUCCGCGUGGGGCUGUUGUUUGCCUCCAAGGCUCUCGUACAGCUGGUGGUCAACCCAUCCGUGGGUCUCCUGACCAACAGGAUAGGAUACCACAUCCCCAUGUUCAUUGGAUUUAUCAUCAUGUUCAUCUCCACAGUCAUGUUUGCUUUCUCAGGCACCUACACCUUGCUGUUCAUCGCCCGAGCCCUCCAAGGCGUUGGCUCAUCGUUCUCAUCGGUCGCAGGCUUGGGCAUGCUGGCCAGCGUGUACCCAGACGACUUCGAGAGGGGCAACGCGAUGGGCAUCGCUCUUGGAGGCUUGGCCUUGGGUGUGCUGAUCGGGGCCCCCUUCGGGAGCGUGAUGUAUGAAUUCGUGGGGAAAUCAUCUCCAUUCCUGGUCCUGGCGUUCCUUGCCCUCUUGGAUGGAGCUUUGCAGCUCUGCAUACUGCAGCCCUCCAAGAUCUCCCCCGAGAGCACCAGAGGCACGCCGGUGCUCACCCUCCUGCGAGACCCCUACAUCCUGGUCGCUGCAGGAGCCCUCUGCUUCUCCAACAUGGGGGUGGCCAUGCUCGAGCCCACCUUGCCCAUCUGGAUGAUGCAAACCAUGUGCGCCCCGAAGUGGCAGCUAGGGAUGGCGUUCCUCCCUGCCAGUAUAUCCUACCUCAUCGGCACCAAUCUCUUUGGGAUUCUGGCUAACAAAAUGGGCCGGUGGCUGUGCUCCCUGAUCGGCACGGCCGUGGUGGGAAUUAGUCUCCUUUGUGUACCCCUGGCCAAAAAUAUUUACGGGCUGAUUGGCCCAAACGGUGGCCUUGGCUUUGCCAUAGGAAUGGUGGACUCCUCAGUGAUGCCCCUCAUGGGUUACCUCGUGGACCUCCGCCACACCUCCGUCUACGGCAACGUCUAUGCCAUCGCCGACGUCGCCUUCUGCAUGGGCUUCGCGAUCGGUCCAUCCACAGGCGGUGCGAUUGUACGAGCUAUUGGGUUCCCCUGGCUGAUGAUCAUCAUUGGGGUUAUCAAUAUCACUUACGCUCCUCUGUGUUGGCUCCUGCGCAACCCUCCCGCUAAAGAGGAGAAGAUUGCAAUCUUAAACCAGGAAUGCCCCAUGCAAACCAAAAGCUACAGCACUCAGAAAACCCUGCGCGACUUCCCCCUCACAGAUGACAGUGAUGUGGAGGCAGAAGAUGUGGAAUAGCAAGCGCAAGGAUGCGUGCCCUGUUUUGAAGCUCAUAUGAUUACAGACCACGGACGUAUCAGCACCCACGAAUAACCCAGCCAACCCCAAGAGUUGUGGAUGCAGGAUGGACACAGGCUGACCUGUUCUCUCAGCUAUGCAAUCCACAGCGGGGAGCAGAGACCCCGGAUUUGGAGGCUCUAUCUGUUUAGUUCAGCCACUCACUUGCUGUGUGACUUCUAGGCAAGUUACCCAAACUCAUUACAACUCAUCUGUAAGAAAAAGUUACCAAGAUGAGGAGAAUCGUAUCAACCCGUCCUGCAGAACAAUGUUGUCCUGGGCGCAGCCUCCCCGUGCAGUGGGGGAUAAUAUCAACAUCUCUCCCAGAUGAGUCCAGUGGCGUUUGUUAAUGUCUUUAAAGCGCUUACUGUUCUUGAAAGAAAAGCACUGGAGAAAACGAAAAUUGAAUCAGCGGCAGCAGCUUUGAGAGAUUUCUGUCUCCAGAACUGUGCUAUAAUCCCCAGCAUGAAAACUUUCUGUAACACCAGGGCACUAUGCAUCUGUGUCACUGCCAGGCCGUCAAUAAAGAUGUCACUGUGCUGCUAACGCGCUCCGCGCUCCUCGGGAGACAGUUAAAAACCCCGCUCAUUGCUGUCUCGGUAUGGCUUUGUGUGCUGUGCUAUCUAUGUGCUACUCAUGGCUGCUUGGGUGUGCACUUAUGUGCUACUUAUGGCUGUCCCAUCCAUUAAAAUAAUUCCUUUAUUUGAAGAACUCUAAGAAAUUCAGACAGAAAUUAGGCUGAAGGCAGUUUUAGAGUCUUAGACACAAACUCAGCCAACAAAGGCAGUUAGAUCCCUUGUGAUUCUAAGUGGCUAGCAGAGCAUUUUUAAAAUCCCUGCCCCUCAGCUGAGAUGGGGUAAUGAGCUAUGUUUGUGAUCCUAACCCAGCGCAAUGAGAAGUACAAUAGAUUGGUUUAAUUGCCCUUUUGUAAUUUCCUGGCCGCAAGUUUAGAAAGAGAGCAGCUGCACUGUUAACAAUAAUUGUUGAGUAUAAUGGUCUGUAAAAGUACGUUACAAUUAAGUAAGAGAGAGAGCGUGAGGUACUAAAUUAAUUUUGAACGUAUCAGAGAAAUUCCGUGAUCUCAUUUUUUCCAACGAAACCUCAAAAUUACAACUUCUCUGGUUCCACUGUUGGCAGUUUAUAUAAACUCAUUUCUGUCUUGAAUGAGCAGUUGUGUAACGCACAGCCAUUUCACUUGCCAGAAAGAACAGAUGAUUCACUGCUCUGGAGCCUGAGCAGCACAAUGCAGAUGCGUUUGCCAGCAGGGAAACAGGAGGAUAGUAACAAUUCAUCAAGAUUUGGUACCUUAUGACUCAUUACCAAAGGUCAUAAAUGGCUAUUGUCAGGCAAUCCCACAUCCACAGCAGGCCCAUUGCCCCUCGCUUUGCACAUACAAGAUGAAAUUAUAUUUCUUAGGCUGACUGGAAAUGACUAAUGUUAAGCCUGCUCUCAAAAACUGGUUAUUUUUAUCUUCCACCUGUUUCCCUGCUUUGCCAAGAAUAAAAGGAAAAAUGCGUUGGCUUCUUGUGAUGGAAGGGAAAAAUGUGAGCCCUUCUAUUCGGGGAUGUAUCCGUACCUCCCCAGGCUGUGCCGUGUUGAGUGGCUCUUUCCCCCGGCACUGGCAGCUCAAGGCUUCUUAAUUAAUAAAUUAGUUGCAGCGCCAAUGAGA